AUGGUCAACCUUCAGGACCUCCCACUUGAGCUCCUGCAGGGCAUUCUGUCUUUCCUCGCCAACAACGAUGACAAUGCCAUAGACAAGAUUGACGAUCUAUACAAUAUCUGCCUAGUCUCGCGGAAAUUCCGUGAGUUCGCUCAACCUCUUCUCUUCCGCAACUUUACGGAUGAUGUGAAGACCGGUCACAACAAAACCAUCCGUUUCACCAAGGCAAUCUAUGAACGUCCUGACCUUGGAGAGCAUAUACACAUAAAGUUCUACAAAGGCAUCAUCAAGGACCUUCAAUUAGGCGAUGUGGAGAAAGAGUGGAUUUUGAGCAUGGAAAACAACGUACUUGGCGUCCUCAUAGCUUCGUUGGUCGCCAAAACGCCCAAUCUUCGUCACCUGCAGAUGCCGCGGGCAGACAGCCACUCCUACGCGGGGGCAUUCCCAUUUUUUUUAAGUCGACAUCCGUCAUUUUUGUCCAACCUCACGUCCUUAUCCAUUGAGCACGACGGCGCGGACACCGCGGUAAAUCUACCAUAUUACCAUCAGUUUCUGUCCCUUCCCAAGCUCAAAUCAGUGGUCAUUCAGGGCAGUAUGUUGUCCGAUAAGUCAUUCCCGUCUAGCUGGACGCCUGGAACAUUGUCGGCGGACGAAUUUUCCUUCCAAGAAUGCCAUUUUGUGCCAGGGGCCCUCAGAAAAUUUAUGCGGGCGUGCAUGUGCUUGAAAUCCUUCACGUACAUCAAAUUCGACGUGGAUCCAAACCAGCGAAUGUUCAACCACCUAUCCCAAGACCACCCUGAAUUCAACGCUGCGCAAGCCACCGAAGAGGCUCUUCAGCACAAGGAUACCCUCGAGGUCUUCUCCGUCGAGACAGCCACUCAUAAACGAUGCUCGUACGUGGACGUCGAGGAUACCCGCGUCAAGUAUGGCUCGUUUGCCGAUUUCUCCGUGCUCAAGACACUUGUCGUCUCUCAUGCCUAUCUUCCAGCACAUCCUCAAUUGCCGGCAACGCUAGAGAAACUACACAUCUCCAACUGUGAUUCUUCCAUCUGGGAGAUGGCCCGGAACAUCUCGACAGACUGCAAAAAGGGACUGUAUCCGCAGUUGACCGAGGUGAAAGUGUCCACACUGGAUUUCAUUGUGCCGCUUAAACUUCCGGGGCGACAAAUCCCAGAGGACCAAUCCCCACAGCAAUGUUUGCUGUCUCUCCAGGAUAUGUUCAAGGGAACAAAUGUGAAGUUCGAUAUCUGGUCAUACAGAUUGCCACCACCCUGGGAAGAAGACGAAGAAGACGAAGAAGACGAAGAAGACGAAGAAGACGAAUAUUAA